GGAGUGAGGGUAUUUUACAGCCCGUCUGUCUUGCAAGAGAUGGGAACGCCUAUAGAUCAGGCACCUAUUUUUUUAUUUAUUUCACCAGUCACUUUUACCCUGGACUAGAUCUUCAUCCAACGGCCCAAAAUAUGUCGACACGUUUGUCUUCAACCUCCUAUUGCCACCACGCUGCUGUCUCAAUUAAGGCCCCGUUCGGCAAUGCGCCGGCUCCUUGAAAUCCAUGGAUCUACGGAGCAUGGUUUUGCCUGCUCCAAGACUUUUCACUGCAGCUCCGUCCGCUCCUGAAGCGGAGCAGUGAAGCGGAUGGACACCGAACGGGGCCUAAGUUUCUUCCUCGCCUCCACCCGAGAGGUCCUAGUCCAGCCAACGCUCCUCGCUGCUGCUCCUCACGGUGUUCCCGUCUUUGGCCAUGCGCUGCGCGGAAUUGACUGACGCCUCAAAACAUUCCAGGCGUCUGACAAUUAAUAAAGCCAGCGGUUUCUUAGUUCUGCAUCUGGUUACAAAUUCGGUUGUAGAUCACGCAACCGAAUUUUACUAGUUCCACCUGGUUUGGUAACCAUCAUUUGGCAUCGGAAUCAUGGAAUUGGAGUCAAAAUCCAGACGUUUUCUUGUUCGGCCGCUAGCACCGGGAUCAGUAUUGCCGAUUGGCCCCCAAAUCUCAGCCCCGUACGGCCGCUUCCACGGGAUGGCGCUGAGACUGAUCUCGAGGCCUACUCGCCGCUGAUAGGCAUUCUCACCGCCGGUGAUUCCUCCUCUCCAUUUCAUCACCUUCCCGACCCUAGGUCUCCUCUGCCCUACUCCUUUUCUAGCCCUAAUCCCCACCGAACGGAUCCAGACCCGCCUGAUUCUCCACCAAGCUGGCGUAGGGUCCUCCCCGCUGGGGCAGGGCCGUGCACCGUGACGCCUGCCGCCGACGUCUCCGCGUGCGGCGCACCAUCCCGCCUCCGCCGCCACUCGGCUCCGUCUUCCCACGUCCACGCCUCAGCGCUCCAGGAAGGAAGCGGAGCAACCGCUGGCACGGCGUAGCAUCCACGCAGCCGCGGUGGCGUAGCAUCGACGCGCGGCGAGUUCGCUCCCCUCCCUCCCCCCGGCCGCCUAUAAAACUCGCUCGAAUCGCGAACCCGCCGACCCUCUCCGGCUCUCUCCCCCACCCCCGUCUUCUCCCAGGCUCCAGAAGCUUGUUUGGCCGUCUAGCCGCAGGACCCCCGAGGCUCAGAAGAUGGCCGGCGAGAGCAGCACCAGGCGCCCCCUCUUCGGCGGCGCCAUCUCCACCGCCUUACCCGCCCGGUUCCAGGAUGUGAGCAACACUCGCGAGGUCCCCGACCACCAGGAAGUUGUCGUCGAUCCCGCCCGUGACGAGAGCCUCAUCUUCGAGCUGCUCGACCUCAAGGGCGAGGUGGAGGACGGCGGCAGCGCGCUCUGGUUCCUGCGCGACGUCGCCAACGAGCAAGAUGCGGGGGAUAACUUGGUGGUCGAGCACUCUGGUACAGUUGAGUUGGCUGGUCUGCGUUCCGGGGAAGCACCUGCAGUGGCUGGAACUGCAAUUGGCAAGCUGGCUGUUUCAAAAGGGAGGCAAGGCAGAGAAGCACAGAACAUUGUUCGGCUGUACUUAGCAAACAUACGUCUCAAGGAUGCAGCAACUGAUGUAGUUAUCACCGCAUAUGAGCCGCUGUUGAUAAAUCCUUUGAGUGAAAGUGCUCAGGCCGUUGCAGCUGGACCAGCAGUGCCCGCAGAACAGGCAGGAUGCUUGCCAAUGUCUGAGGUCUUCAGACUCGCAGUCAUGAACUUCGAUGUCCAUGAUUGGAACCUUUUCAAUGGCAGCGGUUGAAGUAGAGGGAGACAACGCAGGAUGGGGCCCCGAGGCCGAUUCAAUCGAAUACGGGUACCAGGUCCCCUUUGGUGGGAUUCACGUCUUCAUCGGCAAGAUUGGCGAACCGGGCCCUGAGCCGGACACCUGCACCGACAUCAUCGAGACGGCUCAGCGUGCAAGACCUUCCCCGGUUCAGCCCGUGGUGAAGCAUGUUUUCGUAGGUGUCAUCCAUGGAGCAGAAUACGAGGACAGACCAUCGUCCGAUGGAGAAACUGUUGUCUGUUCCGAUGAUGAGUCUUCUGGAGAGACCGAAUCGCUCUAUCAGUUGCAGGA